GAUACAGUUGCCCUUGCAUUGAUUCAAAGCAAGAUGAACACUUCAUCCCAGUCAUGGAGGUACAAUGGUCGUACACAGCGGGUUGGGAGGCAGAUCAGGAAUGGGACAACAUGGAUUGGAAUUCACAGGAUCAGAGUCAAGCCUCUUGGACGAAGUCACCAAGACGAAGGCAGACACCACGGAGAAGAUCCAAUCGCCGCACAGGUCCGAAGACCGAUGCAGUCAAUGGACAAGCUGGCAAGGGAAAGGGGAAGGAUCACGGAGUGACGCCUCCAUUGGGUCCCCCUGCCCUGCCAAGCUUGUCACCAGCCGAAACACCAUGGCUUACGCCACUCAUGGCUGUGCCACCACCGAUUGGAAACCCGCCAGCCCAAAGUGCCGAAGACAAGCAGAUGAAAACAAUCAUGACCAUGCUCAAAAAGCACAACGACACGCUGCCACCAGAGCUACAAGCUCUUGUCAACGAUGCAGUGAUCAAAGAUGGACAGAUCGAAACAAAACAGCUUCACUCAGCUGUAGCAGCUCAUGGUCGAGCCAGACGAGACUUGCAACAAGCACAACUGGCUCAUUUCCAUCUGCAUUCAGCAUGGCGUGGAUUUCUCACGCAGGCCGUUUCUCAGUGGAAAUCCUACAGCGAGCAAUUUGCCGACCAGGAAAAGCAGCUCACAGAUCGAGUGCAGAAAGCAGCAGAAGCCUUGGCCCAGGCAAAAGAAACACUUGCCAAGACCAAAUCUCUGGCAGGUGUGGAAAAUCGAGAAGAGGCCAUGAGCGAAGACGACACAGAAAAAGCUGCCAAAGAGGUCAACAUCACAGCCGCAGACAAGAUCAAAGAGGGCAUCACCAACCUCCACACCAGCUUGGAUGCUCUCAGAUCCACUGCCGAUCAAAUGGUGGAAGAAGAGCAAAAAGCUCUCAAGCGUCCUCGCCUAGAACCCAAAACUGGAGAUUCAUCAAAUGGUUCCACUGGGGAUGGUACAAGUUUUGGCUAG